ACACAAAUUCGUUAUUUACGUUUCGAUCAAUAUUAUCCAUUGUCAUUGCCGUCUCUCGAACAACUUUCUCAUUUGCAUACACUGAUUAUUGAUGAUCCACGAUUAGAAUCGCUUAAACAUCUUUUAUAUGGAAAUGUGCUUAAAAUUGGUCAGAAUAUAUCGUCGUAUCCACUUGUUUAUAUGGAAAAGUUAUACGAGCAAAUAUUUGUUCUAAACACAUUUCCCUACUUAAAGCACAGUCAAUUGCCGCAUGCUGAUCUAAAAUUAUCAGUACCCGUGCCAGGAAAAAUAGUACCAACAUUCGAUUAUCUAAAAAUUGAUUAUUGUAAUAAACAAAACUUUUAUUUAUUAAUAAAGCAAUCACAGUCAUUUUCUGUGAUGUUUAAUCCUCAUAUGUGGCAAGAACCUCUAUCAACACCCGCAUUAUCUGUACCUCAUUUAAUUCGAUUAAGUAUCGAUGGAGAAACCUCAUUUAAUGAACUAAAAGUAUUAUUCGAUAAUAUACCGAUGCUAAAACGAUUUUCAUUGAUUACACAUCUGUCGGAAAGUAUGGAUAAAACAGUUGAAUGGUGGAAAACAAUCUGCACUGAGAAAUUGAAAUAUUUGGAAACAGUUCAUUGUUCAUACACAAUAAUUAUAGAAGACAUUGAAAAGGAAGAGUCUAUCGAAAAACAAAUAAUUCUAUUUCAACGAAUCAAAUGUCAGUUUAUAUUCAAAAUGACAUAUGAUCCAUAUUCAAAUUUCUGA